ACUGGAUCACGUGAGAUGCUCCGCUAAUAAUGCAGUGACGUGGUAGAGUUCCGUCAGUGUAGCGGGGUCUGACAGCCAGCCUGCCCGGGCCAGCAGCUGCCUUGUCCGGCUGGGAAAUCCGACAGAGCUCGGUCCAAGAAAGAUCCAGGAGAAGAAAAACAAGACGGAGCGGACUGACAAACCGGGGAGCGGGAAGGUGAAGGUAGACGACUAGUUGUUUUUGUUUUUCCUUCAGGACUCAGGGAACAUGUUUUGGCAGUGAUUGGACUCAGAGGUGGGAGAGGAUAUUAUUUUUUUAUUCUGUUUUUCGCCAUCGCUUUCACUGCGCCGAUACUGUACAUCAGCCUGCCGAGCAUCGUGAAGGACUCCUGCCGCUCUGCCGCCGCCGCUCUCCUCUCCCCUCCUCUCCUUCUAGCAGAUAGGGCUCCGGAUAAACGUGUGUGGUGUUUUCUCUUACAUUUUUACAUUAAAUAACACCUCUGGAGAGGAAGAUAAACUAGGAUAAGAUCAGGAAACAACAGUGAAACAGCGAGGGGAAGCAAACAUAUUUAAUAAGUAGCCUAGUGAAGGUAGAGAGACGCUGUGGUGUUAGCCUAUAACGGACAGCAGGAGCAGGAGGGAGAGGGGAGGAGAGGAGGAGUCGCAGCAGGAGGAGAACCAAAAACCUGCAGGUUUGUUGAGCCUGUGGGGAUGAGGACGAAGAGGGACGCAACACAUCCAAGGUGUCAGUGUGAUUAGAGGAGAGGGAGCUGGAAGAGGAGAGCCACUAAAGUAGCCCACAGAUUGUUUCCAAUCCAAGGAGGCGGUGAUGGCGGGUAAAGGCACCGGGGUUCACACACUCCGUCAGCGGACCGCAGCCCUGUCAGCAGCCUCAGCAGCAGCAGCAGCAUGAGGAGGAGAAGAUUUGAGAGAGCAAACACAAAGGAGGUGACCCUUAUCAUAUCCUGAAGGAGACGAAACAUAGAGCAUGAUCUUCUGUUUGUCUACAGUGCCAAAGACGAGUCAGGGAGAAGCCUCCAUGGCCAGAGAAUCAUCGCCUUCCUAUCUCCAUCAGGAGCCCUUUUAAACCUGCUCCAAGCUGCACUGGGGGGCUCAAACGUUCCCCUGACUCCACUAGGAGGCUCACUCCAAUCCAUCUGCCAGCUCACAUAACCCUCUGACUGUUGGAAACCACAUGUUUGAGGUGACUUUAUGUGAUCGCCGCCGCCCAUUCUCGAGCAGCAGCAGCCUCCUGCGACCCCGAUCUGUACCAUGCAGUGGAGACGGCGGCACUGUUGUCCCAUCAAGAUGACCUGGACCAUCAAGCGUUCGCUCUUCCGGACCCAUGUGGCUGGCCUCCUCUCGCUGGCUCUGCUCUUCACCCUUUUCUUAUUUUUUAGUCACCAGGACUGGCUGCCAGGACGCAGUGGGCCCCGGGAAAACCCGCUGGCCUACACUGUCAGGGGCUUCCGCAGCCCCAAGGGAGAAGCCAACCAGAGCAAUUCCCUGAGGAGCCUGUGGAGGGAGACGGGGUAUGUAGCGCCAAAGCCUCUGCUCAACCUCAGCUCUCAGCAGGCGGAUGGAGCACUGGGGGAGGCAGCAGGAGCAGGAGGGGGAGGAGGAGGAGCCAGGAUGGGCGUAAUGGGGCUUGGGGACUCCAUGAGCACUAACAACAGUUUACAGAAGGAGAUGGGUGUGGGAGGGAGACUCAGCGCUCAGCCCUACCGCUACAUCCUGAACGAGCCCUUCAAGUGCAGGGACAGCACACCCUUCCUCAUCCUCCUCAUCGCUGCAGAACCCGGCCAGGCUGAGGCCCGCAAUGCCAUCCGCCAGACAUGGGGGAAUGAGAGCAUAGCAAUGGGCCUGGUGUUUGUCCGUCUUUUCCUGCUCGGCACAGGAAAGAGCUCAGACACUUUCCUCCAGAGCAGCAUAGAAGAAGAGAGCCGCGUUUACCACGACAUCAUCCAACAGGACUACCAUGACACGUAUUACAACCUGACCAUCAAAACCCUGAUGGGCAUGAACUGGGUGGCCAGCUAUUGCCCACACGCCUCCUAUGUUAUGAAGACGGACAGCGACAUGUUUGUCAAUACUGAGUAUCUCAUCCAAAAGCUGUUGAAGCCCGAGUUGGCUCCUAAGCAGAGGUACUUCACCGGCUACCUGAUGAGGGGUUAUGCACCAAACCGAAACAAGGACAGCAAGUGGUACAUGCCGCCGGAGCUGUACCCAAGCGAGCGCUACCCGAUAUUCUGCUCCGGCACGGGGUACGUGUUCUCAGGGGACAUGGCCGAGCUGAUCUACCAGGCCUCUCUCAGCAUACGCAGGCUGCACCUGGAGGACGUUUAUGUGGGGAUCUGCCUGGCGAAGCUGCGCAUUGACCCAGCGCCCCCUCCCAACGAAUUCCUCUUCAACCAUUGGAGGGUGUCUUACUCUAGUUGUAAGUACAGCCACCUGAUCACAUCCCAUCAGUUCCACCCCAAUGAACUUGUCAAGUACUGGAACCACCUGCAGAGCAACAAGCACAACGCCUGUAUCAACAUGGCCAAGGAAAAGAACGGCAGGUACAGACACCGAAAAUUUCAUGGAGAGAGGCCUCCCUGAUGCAUCCUGUGAUGACCACCCGCCUCAAAAAAGGGAAAUGGGAGCACUGUAAUUACAGCCAGUGGAAGGCAUGUUGAACUCAGCACUAUACACUAUAUGGGGAAAAGCACAUUGUUUUUGGUAUUGUGUACAGUCGAUGAUCCAAACUAUUUUUUUAAUUUGAGAAAAAAUGUUAAGUAUCGUAAACCUGUUGAGCUAUUUCUAAAAGGGCAACUGGGGGACAAGUCUGUGGUAUGGAGCAUGCACAAAACGUGCUGGUGCUCAAAAGAGGUGUUUAUGAUAAUUCAGGUGCCAACAGAAAGGUGGUAAUUCAUGCUACAGGUAAUGUGAGGGCUCUCCUCUAAAGGGUAGUACAGAAUGUCACUCUACAAAUCCCAAAAAAAACAAAAAAACAAAACUUAAGACACAAUUGUGUUUACACAGACAAAGGGAAAUGCACAUGUAUUAUGUCGAACACUACCUAAAUAUGAAUGAAAGUAUCUUUGACGUUGACCAGUUAUGCUGCCCUGUUUCUCAGUGUUUACUUUACAGAUUUAUCAAAGAAUACGAUUCCUCUAAAGAGAAGGUUUAUCUGUCAUAUACUGUAUUUUAUUUUAAAAAAUCUACAUGAAAGCACUCAGAAUCACAUCAGAGAUGACUGAGAUUGUAUUUUUUAAAGCUUUACAUUGAGUAUGACUGCACUUGAGCAAAUGUGCAAUGAAUCAAUUAACAAUUAAAUGUACUGAAUUCA